UACUGAAAGGCUGGCGGCCAAUUUUGACUCCGCUUAACGUCAAACAGCAUUAUCUGUCCUUUGUUUUUUAAGUGAAUGCAAGAUAAGUAUCUUAGCUAAAGUUUUUAUGCCAUAACCCGACAAAGUAGAGGGUUCUACGAGUACAGCCGGAAAUAUUUUGUUACCUGAAAGAUCGUGAAGAGGGAAAAAUUUUCACAGUGCAUUGAGCGAAGUGCUAGCAGAAGCUGCAGGGUUCUGGUUCUGACAGAAGUCGGAUUUCAGCAGCAGUGGGAUGUCGCUUUCUCUCCGGUAUUUUAAAUAACAAUUAUAUAUUCCCUCCUUCCUUUAACUGCGAGUAAGCUAGUAAAGGCAGCUACUGAUCCCGGACUGUAAACAAAGGUGCUAAAUGAAUGGGAUCCUUAAUACUUCCUGACGGGAUUUCUGCUCGCAUCCAUUCAUCCAGCCAGAUCUGGACUUCAUGCAAAAGUGUGGCAAAGUGUUGUGUCAUCUCUGAACACAGGAAUCAAGAGGCUGGUGCAAAAAUGUCCCCUAGGAUAUGAACCUGCUGAGCUGUAGGGGAUAUACGCACUUGUGGACUGGACAAUUAUAAUGGCACUAGGACCUCCUACCUGAAGGAGCAAUCAUUAACCCCCUUUGCUCCCUGGAGGUGUUCAGUGUUGUCAAGUUAACAACCGGUUUACCAAACAAAAAAGACUCUUUCUCUGAUCCUCUCAGAUAUUCCAAAGCCUCAUGCAGCUGCCGUCUGAAACUGACUGUUGACAAAAGGCAGUGGAACCGACACAUUACUUCAACGCUCAGUUUUUUUGUUUUGUUUUUUUGUUUGCUGCUUAUCCUGCAAAGAUGACUUCAGACUGGGGCGAGAAGUCCACUGCAGACCUGAUGAGCAGGUACGUCUCCAAAGAAAUGGGACGUGGCGUGCCCAAGGAGGGUUGGCGGAUCUGUCUGGCACAUGAGUUCAAGGAGAAGAGGAAGCCCUUUCAGGCCAAAGACGUCUCGCUGUCCAAUGUUCUGGAGCACGUCGGCCUCGGGAUCAGGUAUCUGAAAUGGUGGUACAAGAAGACACAGGUGGAAAAGAAAGCUCCGUUCAUCGACAUGUUUCGCGCUCAGCCCUUGCGCCAAAUAUACGGCGCUCCACUCGGCGGUAUCGGAGGAGGAACCAUCACGCGAGGGUGGAGGGGGGAGUUCUGCAGAUGGCAGCUCAACCCUGGAAUGUACCACUACAAAACGGUCACAGCGAACCAGUUUACAGUGUGUUUGCGGCGAGGUGGCCAAACGGUUUACCAGCAGGUGCUCUCGGUGGAGCGUCCGCCCACACUACAAGGCUGGAACUGGGGUUACUGUGGGGAGUACGCUUUCUACCACGCCCUGUACCCCCGAGCCUGGACCGUCUACCACCUGCCGGGACAGAAUGUGACGCUCACCUGCAGGCAGAUCUCCCCCGUCAUCCCGCAUGACUACAAGGACUCGAGCCUCCCCGUGGCGGUGUUUGUGUGGGACAUCGAGAACAAGAAUGACUUUGCACUGGAGGUCUCCAUCAUGUUCACCAUGGUCAACGGGUCGGGACACAAGGACGACAAGAGCGGGGGACACUGGAACGAACCAUUCCACCUGGAGAAGGAGGGGGAGGCCGUGUCCGGGGUCUUACUACACCACUGCACUACAGUGAACCCUUACACUCUGAGCAUCGCAGCCCGAGAGCAGCCUGACAGGAUGGUCAGUCACCAGACGGCGUUCAGUCCAAAGGGAACCUGCAGCGGCCUGUGGAGUGACCUCAUCACUGAUGGACGGCUGGACUCUCCUACAGGCUCGAGCCCACCAUCGCCUAAAGGAGAGAAGGUGGCGGCAGCGUUGGCUGUGGGCUGCUCCGUGCCGGCUCAGGGUCACAACACGGUGGAGUUCAGCCUGGCCUGGGACAUGCCCAAAAUCACCUUCGGCUCAAGGGAGCGAGAGCACAUCAGGAGAUACACUCGUUACUUUGGUACUCAAGCAGACGCUUCCCCCUCGCUCAGUCACUACGCACUCACACACUACAGACGCUGGGAGAGGAGCAUUGAGGAGUGGCAGAGACCCAUCCUGCAGGACAGUUCUCUCCCCCCCUGGUACAAGUCGGCUCUGUUUAACGAGCUGUACUUUGUGGCCGACGGAGGGACGGUGUGGACCGAGCUGCCGGAGGAUGCUGACGUCAGCGGCGGCAUCCGCAGCGAGGACGGCGGGCUUCCAGCUCAGCCUGACGUCAUCAAGGAGUACGGACGAUUCGCCUACCUGGAAGGUCAGGAGUACAGAAUGUACAACACAUACGACGUGCACUUCUACGCCUCCUUUGCUCUCAUCAUGCUGUGGCCCAAACUCGCCUUGAGUUUGCAGUAUGAUAUCGCCGGCAGCGUGGUCAGUGUAGACCCCACAGAGAGGCUCCACCUGAUGAGCGGCCUUCACUCUCCUGUAAAGGCCAAAAACGUGGUGCCUCACGACAUCGGCGAUCCAGACGACGAGCCCUGGCAGAGGGUGAACGCCUACCUGAUCCACGACACUGCAGACUGGAAGGACCUGAACCUGAAGUUCGUCCUGCAGGUCUACAGGGACUUUCAUCUCACACAGGACACGCAGUACCUCCGGGACAUGUGGCCAGUCUGCCAGGCUGUGAUGGAGUCAGAGAUGAAGUUUGACCUGGAUGGAGAUGGACUGAUAGAGAACUCUGGCUACGCAGACCAGACUUAUGACGGUUGGACUGUGACUGGACCAAGUGCGUACUGUGGCGGGCUGUGGUUGGCGUCCCUGUGUGUGAUGUGCAAGAUGGCUCGUCUGGUGGACAGCGAGGAGACAUUCCAACGCUACAGGGACAUCCUGGACAGAGGCAGCGCUGCUUUUGAUAAACUGCUGUGGAACGGCAAAUACUAUAACUACGACAGCAGUGGGAGAGACCUUUCUAACAGCGUCAUGUCGGAUCAGUGUGCUGGUCACUGGUUCCUGAGAGCCUCCGGACUUGGAGAUGGAGAAUACCAGGCUUUUCCCAAAGAAAAAAUCCAGAGUGCUCUUAAAUCUGUCUUCGACUUGAAUGUGAUGAGCUUUGCUGGGGGUCAGAUGGGGGCGGUUAACGGAAUGCGUCCUGAAGGAGUGGUGGACCGCUCCAGUGUUCAGUCAGACGAGGUCUGGAUUGGAGUGGUGUAUGGACUGGCUGCCACUAUGAUCCAUGAGGGUAUGCAUGAGGAGGGUAUGCGCACAGCAGAGGGUUGUUAUCGGACUGUUUGGGAGAGGCUGGGCAUGGCCUUCCAGACUCCCGAAGCUUACUGCGAGAAGGGCAUCUACCGCUCCCUGGCAUACAUGCGACCUCUGAGCGUCUGGGCUAUGCAGCUGGCCCUGAACACUUCAAAGAAGGAUCAGAACACGUCGGCCCAGAACGGAGCAUCAGACGGGGAGCAAGGACAGGAUCUGAGAGAGUCAGAGCUAGGACCUGAGAAGUAGGACUGGUGUGAUUUAGACACGUACCGCCAGUU